CAAACCCACGAGACUCCACCUUCCAGUAACAAGAGAUGAUUUAUCACGAGCACACUGGCGACAGAGGCACAGAAAUCAGCCGAUGCUUUCACAAAGCCAUUGCAUCUGAUGUGAAAGUGUAUUAUACUGCGCAAAGCGAUUAGAAUACAGGUCCACGCGUGGGAGAACACGAGAGGGAAGACUGCGCUCAGUUUGCUGGUGGGAAGCAGCACAAAUGAAGCGAUGGAGACGGAUGAACUGGUGCAUGUCAUAAAUGCGUGAUUGCAUGGACGCUUUUCCGUCGAAUUCAAACGGGUUUGUGCGACGAAUCUAUGCAAUGUGAUAAUUGUUCCUGAUAAGGACCAAGCGAGUAGUCCAGAGAGCCAAAUGCAAGUCUCUUAGAGGGCAAACUGGAAUUGGAGAUGGAAGAAACGCAUUUCACAGCCCUCUUUUGGAGGCCUCGAUCACACUAACUUCUGUCUGAACUGCUGUCUUCAGCACCACGGACAGCGACCAUGAACAGAUUACGCCGGAAAGCAUGUGUGGCUCUUCUGUUGUUCACGUUGUUCAUUUUUGGUACUAUGAUGGGCCUACGAACCCUCAAACCCACUGAUGGCUUCUCGGAUCUAGCUCCAGGAAUGGAGCUGAUGCCUUUGAUUGGAGAGCGAAUGGACCAGGGACCCGAUCAAGUAGUUGAUUCAGCAGGUCAAAAAGGUGCUGGGGGCGGUGACACCAAGAUUGUGUUUUCCAAUUCUGGUCCUGACCACAGCAUAUUCUAUGACAUUCACAUCUUCUAUUAUUUAUGGUAUGGCUCGCCACAGAUGGACGGUAGUUAUAUACACUGGGACCAUGUACUAGUACCACACUGGGAUCCCAAAAUAGCUGCCAGUCACCCAAAUGGACGACACAAUCCUCCAGAUGACAUUGCGUCCAGUUAUUACCCUGAACUGGGACCCUACAGCUCCAGAGAUCCAGAUGUUAUUGAAUCCCACAUGGCACAAAUCGAAGCGGCAGCUGCAGGUGUGGUGGUCCUGUCCUGGUACCCUCCUGGUGUGGCAGACGAACACGGCAAACCCACUGAGGAUGUAGUGCCAGCUGUAAUGGAUGCUGCCCACAGACACAGUAUCAAGGUUGCGUUUCACCUGCAGCCCUACAAAGGCCGGACAGAGCUCAGUGUGCACGACAACAUCAGAUACAUCAUUGACAAAUACGGGACACACGGAGCUUUCUACAGGUUCAGGUCCAGCGCUGGGAAGAUCCUUCCGCUCUUUUAUGUGUACGACUCGUAUCUCACCGCUCCGGAGACCUGGGCUGAGCUGCUGACCGUCAGAGGAUCUCACAGUCUCCGAGGAACGCCUUACGAUGGCAUCUUCAUCGCCCUCAUCGUGGAGGAGCGUCACAAGCAGGACAUCCUGGCCGGGGGCUUCGACGGCAUGUACACCUACUUCGCUUCGAAUGGCUUCUCCUUCGGGUCGUCUCACCAGAACUGGAAGGCGAUCAAAGCAUUUUGCGACAAGAACAACUUGCUGUUUGUGCCCAGCGCCGGACCUGGUUAUGUGGACACCGCCGUCCGGCCGUGGAACAACCACAACACACGCAACCGGGUGAACGGACGAUAUUACGAGACCUCUUUGCAGGCGGUGAUGUCCGUAAGGCCUGAUAUCAUCACAGUGACGUCGUUUAAUGAGUGGCACGAAGGAACUCAGAUUGAGAGGGCCGUGCCUAAGAAGACUGUGGCCCGUCUGUAUUUGGACUACAAGCCCCAUCAGCCGGACCACUAUCUGGAGCUCACCAGGAAGUGGGCAGAACAUUUCAGGAAGGAGAAAGAGCAGUGGCUAAUGUGAGCGGACCUCGUAACGUCGUACCAUUGUUGAGUUUUUAUGUUAUUGUUGUUAUGAGUGUUACCGAUUACUGUCUUUCAAUUUAUGCAUACAUUUUAAGGGCAACUGAUUAGCCAGGACGAGACACCUUCUUGCUCUUUCACUCAACAAUUGAUAAACAACUGAUUUACUGUCAGUUUUCUUGCAGACAGAUUUCUUUCAAGAAUCUUCAUAAGGUAAAAAAAGAAAAAAAA